AAAAACAAAACAAGCAAGGGUACGUAUCAGCCAGCCUCAACAAGUGUUACCUUGAAAGAGCAGCUAAAGUGGAGUAUUUCAUUUGUCUGGCUUCCCAUUGACUGAUGGAGUGGACAGUACCACUAUGUCUCAUAGACUGACUAAAGAGGAGCUGGAUGAACAGUUUGAGCUGUUCUUAAAGGAGUCUGUUUCAGAUGACUCUGUGGAUUUGGGCAGCUCUGAGAAGCAGCCCUGUGCUAAAAGCAGUCAGAAAUCAGCCCUGAAACCAGCAAUAUCAUGGCAAGAUGACGAAUGCAGUGGGGGAGGAACAGGGAAAGCAGAGACAGACAAAAGCAGAUUUAUCAAAACCAAAAAGUCCCAAUCUGAGGAUGAAGGACUGCUGGGCUCUGGGAAGUCUUUCAGAAAGUCUUUGAGGAAGUCUCACCCUAUUCAAGAGGAGGAUGAGGAUGCAGGAGAUACUGGUUUGAAGGAAGAUGGACUGGAGGCAGUUCUCAGGAUAGAUAACGUUCAGACAGAUGACUCAGUGAUGGUACCAGCUGUGAACACGAUCAGCAUGGGCAUGGACACUCUGGAGGAAGAAGAAGAGAAGGCCAGGUUUUUUGCUCAACUAGAGGCAGGAGCCUCAUCAACUAUAGAUUACUCCAAGCUGAACAGAGAGCUUGACUCAACAAGUUCUACCAUCGGUCCUAACCUCAGGAAAGCUGAAGAAGCAGUGGAGCAGAGUGAUGAUGGUCAAAGGAAGGCCAGAGUCACAGAGACCAUGAGAACUUCUCCAGGCUCUCCACACUACAGUGAGGAUUUUGAAGAUGAGGAGAAUGCGAAAGAGCCACUGGAGGAGAAGUCUACGAUGUCCUCAAUUAUUGCCAAAGUUUCUCUGUAUGAUUCUUUGGAUGACAAUGGUGGAGAAGACAGAGGGAAGGAUACAGCAGGAUCACUGGACAGAGGCCAGACGUAUGUGCAGAGUGGUGGCUCAGAGAUGGAGGCUCUGCAGGAGGCCUACAGACAGAUCCAUGUUGUGGAGGAUUCAGAUGACUAUAAUCACCAUUAUUCGUCUCUGGAAGGGAGGGGCCGGAUCCACAGACCUGUGUCUCCGUCCUCGCCUCCUCAACAUGCCAGACAGUCUCUUCAGCCUGUCUCUACCAACGAGUCAGAGCUACCCACUGCAGAAGAGCUGAUGAGGCCCAUUCGACCAGAGCAGGACCAUAUCAGAGGGUUCACACUCCAGCCUGUCAGAACUUUGAAUCUUGACCAAGAAAAAACAUCCCGCUCAGAAAGGACAGAUGUGACUUAUACAGAGUCUCAGCUGAAACGAUCAGGAAUGGCUGACCCAGUUGCAGAGGUAAAGGGAACUAAGGGAUUUACUAGCCACCCAUCCAGCUCCCCAGACCCUCCCCAUCAUGAUCUGACAUGGAGCAUCAGAGAAGAAGUAGAGAGGCUGAUGGAGGAUCAGAAGUCUUCUUACAUAUCCUCUCAGACUGGCAAAGUUAAGAAACAACUGGCUUCCCAUAGCUCCACCAUUUCUCGUCCUACAUCUUCAGUGAGGAAACCCAGUGCGGCUCCUGUGAGAGGCAGGGAAGUGGAGGGGAGAACAGCAGUGACCUCCAGGUCAUCAUGGAUCAGUAGAGCUGCUACUACAGCCAAAGCCCGGUCUGCGCAGCAUCCAUUAAGAGCUAAAUCAACAAAGAGCCAAGAAAAAGAUGACCACAGAGCAGAGCCAGGUUUGAAGGCAAGCAGUGAGCUGGUGGCAUCUGUUCAGUCCUUGGUGGCUGUCAUCCAACAGCAGAUGGACACCAGCAGUCACCAGGAAACCCGACUGAUACAUCAUGUUCCAAAGAACAAUAGGGAAGAGGAUCCUCUGGUGGAGGAUCUGAGAGUGCAGCUGGCUCAGAAAGAGAGGGAGCUGCAGGUGAUGAAAGAAGGAGCAGAGGAGCUCAACUCACUCAGACAGCAGAACUACCUUCUGCAGAGCAAGCUGCGAAGUGCAGAAGAAGCCAGUCAGAGGAAUAGACUGGCUGUGGCCACUGGCCCCACAACAGAGGACAAGCUCCAACAAAUUGAUAAAGAAAUUAAAGAGCAGGAGACACUCAUAAAAGGUUACCAGCAGGAGAAUGAGAGGCUGUAUGUGCAGAUGAAGGCUCAGCAGGCCAAGAGUAAAGCCAAUGAGGAGGCCAUGUUUAAUGAAAACAAGAGGCUGCUCAAUGAGUUGGAGUUCACAAGGGAGCAGCUGAGUAAAAUCUCAAAGCCUGUGGGAAAUAUCUGUUCAAUGGAUCACACUCAACGCAUUACAGACUUGUUAGCUCAAAUAAAUACAUUUCAGAGGAAUGAGGCUACGCUGUCUGAGGACAUUCACAGACUGAAGCAAGAAAAGCAGGCUCUGGAGGUAGACCUGCAGCUAAUGAAGAAAGAGAGAGACCUGGCUAAAGCGCAGGCCAUCUCCACCUCAGGUGACAAAACUCUUGAGAUGCGCACAGUGGAGGACAGGCACAGAGAGGAAGUGUCAGCCCUGAAGAAGAAGCUGCAGUGGUUUGCUGAGAACCAGGAGCUUCUGGACCGAGAUGCUGGCAGACUGAAAGCUGCUACAGCAGAGAUACAUCAACUCAAAGAGCAGGUUGAAAGACUGAAAAUGGAAGUGGGCAAAAGAAGCAGUGAGCAGCAGAGAAAGACGAGAGAGAAAUCUGUGGACACAAAGAGGAUGCAGGACCUGGAGCGACAGGUGAAGGAGCUGGAGCAGAUACUUAGAAGCAGAAACCCAAACUCCCUGCCUGCUCUCAUCUACGCUGCAGCCAGCGCUGGUGGUAAGGAGGAUGUGGACACUGCUAAGACAUCUGCACCCAGCCGGAUCAUUGCUCUGCUGGAAGAUAGGAUUCAGCGCCUGGAAGCAGAGCUGGAAAACCAUGAUGAGGAGGCCAAACACAGUCUGAGAGCCAUGGAGCAACGGUUCCACAGUGUCAAGCUCCGCUACGAGCAGCAGAUCUCAGACCUGGAGCACCAGCUGACCCAGAAACAGCAGGCUGAAUUAGUAAGCUCAACAGCUGGGGCCGAGCCAGGGAUGUCACAAGUUCAAACUCUGGAGGAAGAGCUACAGCAGGUGAAGAAAACCCACCAGGAGAAAGAGAAAUCCCUCCGCAACCAGAUUGAGUCUCUCCAGCAGCAGCUCAAAAACAAGGCCCAGCCGAGUCCAAGCAGGCACCAGAUUCAAGCCGAGGCAGCGUUUGGUGUUCGGAUAGAACGGUUGAACCACGAGCUUGCCACCAAAACACGAACCAUUCAGGAGCUGAGCCGCACUGUGGAGAGACUGCAGAAGGAGAGGAGGAGCAUGCUGUCUAUUCCCAACACACAACCAGAAACCCACUGUACAGAGACCAAACGACAACAAGGCCAGACCAAGACACUCUGCUCUGCUACUGCAAGAGAAACACGUGGAGGGGAAGAAACAUUUCCAUCUGCUCAGUAUGAGAAGACCUACCAGCCCACUGUCUUUGCAGGGAGUCAUAUCUCAGAGGUUCUGCGGGAGAACGAGGCUCUGAGGGAGCGUGUGGAGCUCUUUGAGCUGCACAGUGAGCAGGAGAAGGAGGCUUUAAAGGCUGAAGCUGCACAAGCCAAGGAGGAGCUGUGCAGGCUGAAGGAGCACUCUGCAGAGCAGCUGUCCUCCAUGAAGGCAGAGCACCUCAGGGAACUGGAGCAGCUGUGUGCCACCCAUGCCCUGGAACACUCAUCCUCAAAGGUUGCUGAACUGACCAGUAAGCUCAACACUCAGGAGAUAAUGGUGAAACAUUUGCAAGAGCAGCUAAAAGAGCUGCAGGGAGUCAAAGAUGCACUGGCAAUAUCCAGGACUCGAGAGAACGCUCUGCAGAAACAGCUGACCAAACUGCUGAAAGAGCUGAAGGAAGCUAAAGAAACUCAAAGCCCAGAGGUGAAGCUCCUGUGUAGCCUGGAGAGAAAGAUGGUCAACAUGGAGCUCAGACACCAACACAGAGAGGAAGAGCUGAAGCAGGUGAUUGGUGGCUCAUUGCAGAUGCUGGAGACUAAUCAGCAGUCAGAGGUUGACCGCUGGAAGCAUCUGGCUCAGGACAAGAGCAGAGAGCUGGAGGCUUUCCGUCUGGAGCUCGACUCCAUCCUGGACAUCCUGAGACACCUUCAAAGACAGGGUGUGGCGUUCCCCCCCUCCUGACCCCUCCAUCACAGCCCCCCUCAGUUAAUGCACACACGAGAUCUUACUCAUAGAUGUCAGUGAAAGUGAAUGCUAACUGUGUACUCCCAGUGACAGCCAGUAUAAUUAUCGGUCAACAUCUCUCACAUCAGAGAUGAACAAUGCUUUCUGUUCCAGAUCACUAGCUGGUUAAAUAUUAGCAAUAUUUCAGUGUUUAUAUGAAAGCCAGAACUAAAGCUACAGAAACACUGAAACACAGAAUGUCUUAACAUGUACUGCACCUGGUUCUUAUAUUUUGUAGCUACUUUCUACUCUUUAUCUAAAUUAUUGUAAUUUAUUUAGGAGGUAGUGAAAAUAAAUGGUUUUCCCAAGUCUUA